GCCGCCCGGCGGGCUCCUUUGUGGGGGAAGAUGGUGGCGGGCGCGGCGGCGCUGUGAACAAGUGCGCGCUAAGUCCGCCGGUUUUAAAGAAGAUCAAGCUAGCAACUAGAGAUAAUCCAGUGUUCAAAAUGGAACUCCAAGUUGUGCUGCUUUUGGUGGGGGCGAUUGUGCUUGCUGACUCAGCAAGAGGCCCACCCAGAAUUGCUGAUAAAGUGAUCCACCGGCAGUCUGUGAGAUUAGGAAGAACGAUCAAACUCCUUUGCCCUGUGGAGGGUGACCCUCCUCCUCUUACUAUGUGGACUAAAGAUGGACGAACCAUCCACAAUGGGUGGACAAGGUUCCGAGUCCUCCAACAAGGACUGAAAAUCAAGGAAGUGGAAAGUGAAGAUGCAGGAACAUACAUCUGCAAGGCCACCAACGGUUUUGGCAGCAUGAAUGUGAACUAUACCCUCAUUGUGAUCGAUGAUGCCAGCUCAGGAAGAGAAAGUUUAGCACCUGAAGGUCCGAAUAGUGAAUCUGAAGCUGGAAGGCUGUGGGCUCGACCCAGGUUUACACAACCUGCCAAGAUGAGACGGAGAGUGAUUGCCCGACCUGUGGGGAGUUCCAUCCGCCUGAAAUGCGUAGCUAGUGGGAAUCCUCGGCCUGACAUUAGCUGGCUGAAAGACAACAAGCCUCUUACCCCACAAGAGAUUGGGGAGAACAAAAGGAAGAAAUGGACACUGAAUUUGAAGAACCUGAAGCCUGAGGACAGUGGGAAAUACACCUGCCGGGUCUUCAACCGAAUUGGGGAAAUCAAUGCGACCUACAAAGUUGAAGUGAUCCAGAGAACAAGAUCCAAGCCAAUUCUGACGGGAACACACCCUGUGAACACGACCGUAGACUAUGGAGGGACGACCUCAUUCCAGUGCAAAGUGAGGAGCGAUGUCAAACCCGUCAUUCAGUGGCUGAAGAGAGUGGAGUAUGGCACUGAGAACAAAUAUAAUUCCACCAUCGAUGUUGGAGGACAGAAGUUUGUGGUGCUGCCCACAGGGGAGGUCUGGUCUCGUCCUGAUGGCUCCUACCUGAACAAACUUAUGAUCACACGAGCCAAAGAAGAAGAUGCUGGGAUGUACAUCUGCCUAGGUGCCAACACCAUGGGAUACAGCUUCCGAAGUGCAUUUCUCACAGUGCUGCCAGAUCCCAAGCCACCUAGUCCACCUGUGACUCCUUCCUCUGCUAGCAGCCUUCCGUGGCCUGUGAUCAUUGGGAUCCCUGCUGGAGCUGUCUUCAUCUUUGGAACGAUCCUUCUGUGGCUCUGCCAAACCAAGAAGAAGCCAUGUUCUCCUCCAGCGGCAGCUCCCAUACACAGACCGCACCCCCGGGACCGGGUCUGUGCAGCCCAAGUCCCAGAUAAAGACUGCAUCUCCUCCAUAAACUAUGAGGAAUAUGUAGCGCAGCAGCAGCAGCAGCACUUGUUAAGCCAAGGACCAUCCCUGGCUCCCAACAUGGCUUCCAAAAUGUACCCAAAGAUUUACACAGACAUCCAUACUCACACUCAUUCACACGUGGAAGGCAAAGUUCACCAGCACCAGCACAUUCAUUACCAAUGUUAAAAGGCAGCCAGCUGCACAUGGUGCUGAUCUUGUGGUACUACAGCCAGACUGCUUUGCGUCAGCUAAUACUGCCAAGAUGGAGGUGGGCGUGGAAAGCCCAAUUUAAACCAUACCAAAAAAAAAGAAAAGAAAAGCAAGCAAAAGAACAAUGCCAUUUGGAGAUGAACGCGGAGUAAGGAUUGUGUUGCUUGUUUGUUGUUACUGUGACAAGGAGUUAAUGAAGGAAUUCCCAAAGGGCAGAGACAGCCCACUUGAUCCCCACAGAAACUAGAAGGUCUUGUUGUAAAAGCAAGAGGAAGCCGGGAAAGGAAGCCGGGGCCCCAACCAACUUCCCUUUGUGUUGCUGCUUCUGCCCUUUGGGCCCCCGUCGAAGUGUGAGGCCCAUGUGACUUCUUCCUUCCGGACACACGCAAAAGCUCCUCCUCCUUCAAAGGGAGUGAACGCAAGCAGGCACUGGCGGAGGACCAAUGCCAAAGCAACACCAGACACGGGAGUAUUUGUGUGGCCUUACGAAGAAGAAAAACCACCAUCUUAAUGGUUUCCAGGAGAGGGGUGGGGAAGUAUAUUUCUAUUUAAAGUUGUGAAAUGUUGUAAUGCUGCCUGAUAGUUAGCAAUAACCCAGCCAGUCAUGAAUGGGUGUCUCUCCUUCACCGGAGGGGCCUUUCUGGAGACCUUCAAAGGGCUUCUGUCCCGCUUCCCCCAACUGGCACAAAAAACGAAGGACGUUGUACAGCUCGCUUUUAUAUUUAUAUUUAAUUAUAAUAAUGAUAAUCAUAAUUGAACUGCUGAUUUAAAAACAACAGCAGCAACAACCCAUUCUUCUGCCCUUAAAUACCUGCCUUCAGAUUUUCAUGGUUUGUAGUGGCAAAUCUCUGAGCUGACAAGUGAACACAAAGCAAGAUAAAAACAGAUUUUAAAAGAGAAAGAAUAAAAUCUUAUGUCCAGGGAAUAAUGGACUUUCUGAAUAUUCAUUUGUGGGCAUUCGGGAUGGGGGCGGGGAAAAGGGGAUGAACCCAUCCAUGCAGCCUCAUUUCAGCUCAAUGAAGGGGGGAAAUUAGCAAAAUUGGACCAUAUUAAAUAUCCACGUUGACUAGAAGAUCUAAACCUUUUUAAUUCUAUAUAGAGUUUAAACAGAAGACAUGUAUAUUUAAUUUAUUUUAUUAAAACAAAAAAGAAAAGAAAAAAUGUAUGAUAUUUUCCUGAAAAACAGACAUUUCUAUACAUAUUUUUGAUCAAGAAAUAAAGAUUUUUUCCCCAGGUUGCUAUAGAUGCCAGGUUCUCAGAUAUGAGAAAUGAAGCUUUUAACAGUAGUUUAUUUAGCAUCUUGAAUGUCAUAUAUAUUUGUAUGGAUUGUUACAAUAGGUGUCUGUUCUGCUUCUUUUUCUAGCCUGCUCUUGUUCUUUUCUGCCUUUGCUCUCAAGAGAGUUUGUUCAACAAACCUUGUUAUUUUUACAAAAGAAACCAUAGAUUCUUUUUCAGCAUGACAGAUAACCAUGCAAAGUCCAGUUAUUAAAAUGACAAAAGGGACUUUAAGCAAAAUAGCACUAUUCUUGAAUCUGGCAAUGCCAGCCUCAAUGGGGUAUUUGGAGAGGUAAUAUAUUAACUGAUGCUUAAUUAUGGAACUGCCAACCAGCAAUUAUUAAGAGAUUAAGGAGAACCUACAUUUGGGACAUUUGUAGAGGUGCACAGAGACCCCAGCUCCAUUGCCCUACAUGACUAGCAUUUCCAGAAGACACCCCUCCUAUCACUCAAGUGUUACAGAAGAUCCAUCCAGUCAUCUCCCCAACCCCAACCCCUCUGCACACACUCACAAAAUUGCACUUCUGUUGUGUGGACAUUGUAUUUUUCCAGGAUUCAAACAGCAUUUGUUGCUGGGAAAAAUAUGAUUUCUUCCAUGUGGGAUUCAAUUGUGAGUGCAGUGUGAAAUGUGGUUUCCGAAGUGCCACAGGCCCCUUUUUGCCACUAGUGAGUGAUGUGACCUGUUUCCCCUGCCCUCUCCAGCUCUGUGCCACAUUUGUAACUUUUUAAUGAUUAUUUAAAAAUAUUCUUCAAGGCCCCCUGCUCCUUGCUGAAUAACUCUGUGCAAUAAGCUUAGUUGGCUUUAAAGAAACCUAAAGCAAGAUUCUGAAGGACAGUGCCAAAGUUCACCAGCACCCUUGUCACAGCACAGAGCUGGCUCUAAGCUUUGCAGGGCUCUAGCCAAAAGGCCAAUGGUGUAUCCCCCCACCCCUGCUCUCUGCCCUUUGGUGAGCACCCCUGGUUACGAGAUCUGCCCAUUCCCCAGAGAGAGAGAGAGAGAGAGCAUUCACAGUACCCACUCCCAUGCCACUCUGUUCAUCCUUACUACUUAUCCCCUGAGAACUGGGGAAGCGACAGGAAGGGUGGAUUAAAGUUUAUGAUAGAAAUGUGAGACAUUCACCAUCGCAUCCCCUCCAUGCCUUUUAACUGCUACAACUAGAGUUAGAACUUAGUCCUUAUGGGACAUAGUGUAGGAGUUUGACUGAGGAACCACAUUCUUUCCGUAUCCUGGUAAGCAUUUUUCUUACGUCACGGAUGUGCCAGUGUGCAUAGGGCAAUGCAAAUAUAUCUAGCGAAUGGCGAGGUCCAUUGGGGUUAACUGGUAAUUGCUUAAAGAAAUCAACUAAAAAGAACUGAAAUAACUACUUCACAACCCUUAUCAUAGUUAUAUAUGGAGCACAGAUGGGAGUGAGAUGGAAUAAAUAAACUUUCCACUCACACGUCUUCUUAGCCAGCACCCUGUGCCUUCCAAGGUGAUAAUCAUUUAUUGCUUUCCUGAAUAGUCCAUUUGCUUGAGGCUUUAAAAAUAAUGUGCUCCCACAUAUAUCUGCAUUAGGGACGGUCUAAAUUUAAAUCUCAGACUAACAGCACCUCCAAAGUAUGUUUGCUGAGAUGUAAGUCGCUCUAUGUUUAAACCACUCUGCCCAUUUACAUGGGAGUAAGUCCCAUUACAUUUUGUUGGACAUAACUUCCAGCUAGAUAUUCUUGCUGUUAAAGUUCCCACCACAAACCUCAUAGUGAGGUUGUGUCAAUUAAAUUUGCAGAUGACACAAAAUUGGGUGGGAUAGCUAAUACCCUGGAAGACAGAAACAAACUUCAAAGUGAUCUUGAUAGGCUGGAGUGCUGGGCUGAAAGCAACAGAAUGAAAUUUAAUAGGGAUAAAUGCCAAGUUCUACAUUUAGGGAAUAGAAACCAAAUGCACAGUUACAAGAUGGGGGACACUUGGCUCAGCAAUACUACAAACGAGAAAGAUCUUGGAAUUGUUGUAGAUCACAAGCUGAAUAUGAGCCAACAGUGCGAUAUGGCUGCAAGAAAGGCAAAUGCUAUUUUGAGCUGCAUUAAUAGAAGUAUAGCUUCCAAAUCACGUGAGGUACUGGUUCCUCUCUAUUUGGCCCUGGUUAGGCCUCAUCUAGAGUAUUGCGUCCAGUUCUGGGCUCCACAAUUCAAGAAGGAUGCAGACAAGCUGGAGCGUGUUCAGAAGAGGGCAACCAGGAUGAUCAGGGGUCUAGAAACAAAGCCCUAUGAAAAGAGACUGAAAGAACUGGGCAUGUUUAGCCUGGAGAAGAGAAGAUUGAGGGGAGACAUGAUAGCACUCUUCAAAUACUUAAAAGGUUGUCACACAGAGGAGGGCCAGGAUCUCUUCUCGAUCCUCCCAGAGUGCAGGACACGGAAUAACGGGCUCAAGUUAAAGGAAGCCAGAUUCCAGCUGGACAUCAGGAAAAACUUCCUGACUGUUAGAGUAGUGCAACGGUGGAAUCAGCUACCUAGGGAGGUUGUGGGCUCUCCCACACUAGAGGCAUUCAAGAGGCAGCUGGACAACCAUCUGUCGGGGAUGCUUUAGGGUGGAUUCCUGCAUUGAGCAGGGGGUUGGACUCGAUGGCCUUGUAGGUCCCUUCCAGCUCUGCUAUUCUAUGAUUCUAUGGUGUGGGCAGCCUCAUUUAAUAGUCAAUCUGCGAAUUAGUUUUUCUGGAUCUUUCAAUGUCCAGCGUUGUUAUUUUUGAUAUAGGCAUCCUUAGGUUGGAACACAAUUCAGCACAACCAUGCACUUGCACCUCUCUCAUCCAUUUCAGUGGGGUUUGCACAGAAUUGUUCCCAAGGUGGGAUUUAUUUGCAUGCAUUUGAGGUUGCAUUGAAGAUGUUACAUAGAUUGCAAAAUGGUAGUGCAUAUUGUGGGAAUUCAACAGGCUUCUGCAAGAAUCAAGGAAAUAUAUUGUGAACUGAAGAUAAAACCAUGGCUGAAAUUUUGCAGUUAGCUUCGGCUUGCCCUUUGUUCAAUCCUUUCUGCACCUCUCAGGUCGACACAGUGAAAGAUCCACUGUGCAUGUGCUUUCUGUUAUUCCCAAAGUGCCACAGCCAACAUGGGAAACAGUUCCAUUACUGAUUCUUUUUUUAACAGCUCUAUUAACGAUUCUGUUUUAACGCUGAUCCAAUAAAUGUUUUGGUGAAAGGAACAACUCAGGUUCAUUCUGCUGCCUGCUGCUAACCAGGUAGAGAUCAUUGCAUGCACCUAGAACAAGAGUCUUCCAGUGCAAAUUAAUUAGUCAUUUAUUUGUAAUUUGGGCAACAGGAGGAACAUCUUGCCUCUUCACAUGUGUCCUAUGCAUGUUUUCUCAAAAAUUAGUCCCACUUAUAAGGCCAUUGUCAAAGGAAAGCGUACUUAUCUAUUUGGGGUGAAUGUUGCUACUUAUGUGGGAUGAAGGCUUGUGCUCCAGUCUUAAAGCACAAUUACUAGGGAGUACAUCCCACUAAACGGGCUAGGAUUGCGCCACAUAUCUCAGAAGGUCUGUGGACUGGAUUCCUGCAAAUUCUCCCCCUCUUUGAGAUAUAAUUUGUCUCCAGUGAUGCACAGGACCUCCACCAGAUCAAGCAGUAGAUGUGUCAAUACUCACUGUUCCUAUCGUAACUUACAAAGGUACAUAUGUUUCAGCGUGUUCUGCUAAGUUUGUUCUCCAUUAUCCAGGACUGACAAAGAGGGCAAGGACUUUAUUUUAACAAAAAUGGAACAUUCUACAGGGCAUGGGGUCUGUUAAAAGCUACCAGCAUCCCUAAUGGCUAUAGGAACAUGAGCCACAUUGUGGGCUAUAGCAACAAAAGUGACGUUAGUUUAAUCCAAAUCUUCAGUUCAAAAGGUGGUUAAACUUCACAUGUAAAUUGCUUGACAAAAUGGUCUGUAUUGUAAAGCUGAACUUGCUGUCAAAUGUCUACGUUCGAGGUGUCUCUAAACUUUGUUUUGACAAUCUUGUACUUCUCAGCCUUCUCAAGGUGAGAGCUUUAUUGAAAAGAUGCAAAUUAAAAAAAAGUGUGAAAUCAGUAAUCUAGCU